AUGAUUGCAAUCCUGCUUCUGACGUUGGCUGUAGGAACCGCACUUGCUCUGCUCACUGUUGGGGCCAGUCUCGGCUCUCUAUCCUGCGUUUGGCUGGGUGAUGUCCUCGGCCGCCGGCUUGUCAUUCUCAUAGCGGCCUGCAUCACCAUCAUUGGAGCAAUCCUGAUGUUCACAUCUUUUUCCCUGGCGCAGUUUAUCGUCUCCAGGCUAGUCCUAGGGCUGGGUACAGGCGGCUGCACCGCUACCAUCCCCGUCUGGCAGUCUGAGAUAUCCAAGGUCACCAACCGUGGAGCGCAUGUUGUAACUGAGGGCAUCUUUAUUGGCGGCGGCGUCGCUAUCGCCCUGUGGAUUGACCUGGGGUUCUACUUUAUCGGCAACAGCUCAGCCUCCUGGAGGGUACCUUUUGCUCUCGAGAUUGUCUUCUUACUCGUUGUUGUUGUCUUCAUUUUCACGUUGCCAGAGUCACCACGGUGGUUGAUCAAAAAGGAUCGGCAGCAAGAAGCUCGUGCAGCCCUGAGCGCGCUGGAGAAUCACCCAGUGGAAUCGCCGCAGGUCACGGCGAUGGUGGAUGAAAUCCAGCAGUCGUUCCAUACUGCCCGUACUGGGUCCCUCUGGAGUAUCUUCUCCAUGGGUCCGUCCCGGAUCUUGCAUCGAACCGUGAUCGCUGCCGCAGCACAGAUGUUUUUCCAAAUCUCCGGCGUCAACAUGAUCACAUUCUACGCCACGGCGAUCUUCCAGGAAAAGCUAGCUUUCGGCGCGACGAAUGCGAGAAUCCUCGCCGCAGCCAUGGCCUCCUGCCAGGUCAUCGGCGGGAUGGUCGCGUUCUGGCUGAUCGAGCGCGCCGGUCGCCGCCAGCUGAUGCUGUCCAGCGCAAUCGGCAUGGCCAUCUGCAUGUCUGUCCUCGCCGCCACCACGGCCUACCAGGAUAGUCAGCCUGCCCUAAUCGCCGCAGCAGUUUUCCUCUAUCUCUAUAACCUGAUUUACCCAAUUGGGUUCCUUGGUCUGCCGCUUCUCUACGCGGCCGAAGUCUCGCCGCUGCACCUGCGCGCCGCGAUCAGCGGGCUCGCCAACUCGGUUCUCUGGCUAUCCAACUUCCUGGUCGUCGAGGUGACGCCCGUUGCGUUCAAUAACAUCGGCUACCGCUAUUACAUCGUCUAUGCGGUCAUAAAUGCGGCUAUCGCGGGAAUCGUGUAUCUUUGCUUCCCGGAGACCACGGGCCUCGCGCUGGAAGAGAUAGACGAGGUCUUCCGCCAGUCGCAGGGCAUUUUGGAUCCACCGAGGAUUGCAAAGAAGAGACUGGCCAUGCCUCGGAUGGAUCCUGUUGACAGGGUAUUGUGA